CAAUUUGGCCACGUGUGCUUUCUCUCAACCACGUGGAGUAGUCAAGAUGAGUGAUGAGAGCAAAGGCUUGGUGAAGUGGAAGGCAGCUCUAGCUGUGGGCGUGGGAGCUGCGGCACUAGCUGGAGGGGCACUGCUUGCUUACUAUGCGCUGACAAGAAGUCAGAGACGCGCGAGGAGUGAGGAGAAUGCAGGGGAGACAGGUACAAGCACUCCGUGUACAAGCCCACCCACUACCGACGGAGGCAAAACUAACUCUGGUACCACUUCUCAGAGUACGUUGGAGAGAGCCCAGGCCAUCAAGCAGCAAGGAAACGAGUUCUACAAGCAGCAAAAGUAUGAAGAAGCAAUUAAAUGCUAUAAAGAAGCCAUCAGUGUGUGUCCCGUGUCCAAGCCGGCUGACCUUGCCAUCUUCCACCAGAACCUCGCAGCAGUGUACGAUGUGAUGGCCCAAAAAGCAACGGAUCCUGACCAAAAGACCAGCUGCUUGCACCAAGUACUGGAGAAUUGUACACGAGCGUUUGAGCACAAUCCACGCUAUGUAAAGGCCAUGACACGGAGACUAAAGGUGUACGAGGCUCUGGGCAGGAGGAAGGAGGCUAUCUUAGAUGUGACUCGAGUACUGGUGUUGGACGAGAGUCAAGGAAGAGCACUCUCUCAAACUGUCGCCAAGUUGCUAAAAGAUUUUGGCCAGCUUCAAGCCACUGAAAACUUUCCUAAAUUGGGACCACUUGCACCGAGUAAAUCUCUAAUCAAGAGCUACUUCCAAUCAUUCUCCUGGUCUGAUGAUCUCUCAGAGAGCCGACUAAAGCAGCUUUGGAGUACCAAAACUAAACCUAAAAUUGUUGAGCCACCACCAGAAGAGAUUCCGAGGGAGGAUGGAUCAGAAUUGAUUACAUCCGACCAACCAGAGGCCCAGGAGCUGACAGAUGAUGCUGACUUCAAUGAAGAACCUUUCGUGAAGGCAGCAACUGCUUUUAGGGAGGAAAAGUAUCACGGAAUACUGGAGCUUCUCACCGAAGCCAUCACUAACGGUAAUGCAGUGUUUGUCGCACAUGCUCUAUUGUUGAGGGGUGCUCUGAACUCACUGUGGAGACAGGGACAAAAGGCACUCAAGGAUCUGCAGGAUGUUGUCAAUACACAGGGGCUCUCUAAAGAGAUGUACACCAAUGCGUUGGUGCAGAGAGCGUCCAUGAUGGCCCUGCAUGGUGAGAUGGAGAAAUGUCACACUUGCUUCACUAAAGCACUGGCCAUUGACCCAAACUGUGCCGAUGUGUACAUUUACAGAGCUAGACUUGUCCUAGAGUCUGAGGAGCAGCAAUCGUUCACUAGUACAGUAGUGGAGGACCUAGAGAAGGGACAGUCCCUUGCCCCCACCUCCCCUCAGGCCGCCUACCUCCUCUCCUCUGCCUAUCACAGGAUGGCCGGGAUGCAGCAGUCCAUGCAGUUACUCGAGACAGCAAGGGGACUGUUCACUGAGGCUAUUCAGAAGUUUCCUGACUUUGGAGAUGGUCUCCUACUUUAUGCAAUGUUCUUACAAGACGCCAACCAGGUGAAAGAAGCACAGGAGAUUCUGAACAAAGUGAUCAAACUGGAACCAGAUAACCCCAUCGGGCAUUUCACAUUAGGACUAACCACCCUCAUGGUGACCCAGGACAUUGACAGAGCAGUGGAGCACAUGGAGACUGCCAUCGCUAAAGAUAACAGCUGUGUUCAGGCUUACAAUACACUGGCUACCAUUGAAAUGCAAAGAAACAACUCAGAGAGAGCCAUGGAUAUGUACGACAAGGCCAUAUCUUACUCCCGCUCUGAGGCUGAGAUGUCCCAGGCAUACAUCUCCCGGGAGGUCGUGACGGCCCAAAACCAAGCCUGUAAAGAAUACGGAGUGACACAGUCUGAGCUGGCAAGCAGGGCGUUCGGUGCCUCUGGUGCUGGAGCGUACUGAUUAGAACUGUUGUCCUUGUACUGUCGUAGCUGUGCUCAAUCAAUGUGUGCAUUAUCAUUAAAGUAUUAUAGUCACUGUUGGUUUUAAUUAAUUUGAUAAUGAGAUAUAUACCUUUUCUGAUGGCUAUAAUUAUCAUGAUUAAUUGAAUCAAA